AUGGGGUCGUCGGAGCCGCUGGCCUAUAUGCCGGCCGGGAGCCUUGGGGGCGACGGCCCGGGCCCCGCCUUUGGUCGAGUUUCACAGACGCUUUCGGCGGCAGGCGAGGGCCGCUCGCCUUCUUCGCCCUUCCAAAACUCCUCGCUCUCCCUGCCUCCGCAGCCACCGUCUCCUUUCUUGUCGCCGUUGCCCUCGUUGGGCUCCUCGCCCCCUUCGACGCCCUUCCGCCGUUGGGCUGCCACGUCGCCAGAGGCGGAGCUAGAGCGGGCGGCGUCGCACCAUCAGGCCGGCAUUGAGCCGGCUGCAGGACGAGACGCGCGUGCGGAUGCAGCAGAUGUCUCCCCCCGGUCGCUUCUUCCUGCUUCCGCUGCUGCCUCGCUGCCCAUUGCUUCCGACCCCGGCCUCGCCCGCGAGCCCGGCGCGGAGAGGCACGCCCGCAGCUCCGUCACGGCGCGCGACGAUGAGCAGGCGUCUCAGUCGCGGAACUCCUUCUCGCUUCCUCCGGUCGUCCCCGAGUCGCCGUUCUCCAAGGUCGGUUCUUCUUCGCUCUCUCUCUUGCCCAAGAAGAAGUUCUUUCAGCCGCCCAUCCGGCCCUGCGCGACUUCGCCCUUCGCGUCCGCGGCCUCAGGCCCAGCUCCGGCGCCGGGGGGCGAGGAGGGCGGCCCGACUUCGGGGGCCCUGCCUCCGCCUCGAGGGGCCUCGUCGCCGUUUCGUGUGGCACAUUUUGCCUCGUCUCCCACGUCAUUCUACGGACCCCACGGGACGCCUGGGCGGGGCCCGCUGCUGCUUAGCGAGCUCGAUACGCCGUUUGACUUGGUGCGCAUGAACAAAGGCACGAUCUUCCUGGCGGGAAAGCACGCGAAAACCGCCUUUCAACCGGGACCGUCGCCUCUGGAGGAAAUUGCGGAGACCAAUCGAGAGCUUGUCGCCUCCCAAGACACACACGCACCACCGCCGGUCACCGGGGAGGUUCUUUCAAAGAGCCACGCACAAGCAGCCCCUCUUCAGCGCGAAGAGACUCUGGAGGAAGCGGAGGGAGACGAGGAAGGAGACGCGCUCGGAGGGGCGGAAGAUGGCGACGGGGAAGGAGCCUUCAGCGACCCCUCGGCGGCGGCCGCAGAGGCGCAGGAGACGCGAGGGCGAGGCGGAAGACAGAAUGAGGAGGGCGACCUCGGUCUGAGCACGCCUCAACAUAGUCCAACACGGACGGAUCUCGCCGAGGCCGCAGCAGCCUCGCAGGCGCCGGAGGAAGGAGCGAGGGAGGAGGAACGAAUUGACAGACGAGGUCGUCUCGCCUUCGAUUCCUCACACGCCUACACGCCCGCGCUGAGCGUGGGACGGCCGGCGGUAGAGCACGGAGGUGCCCUGCGACAACACUUUUCGUUGGGCAACCGAGAGAGCGCAAGGGGGUUCCAGGCUGCCCGGGAUGGCGCAACUGACCCGGCGGGAGAGGGCGACGGCGGCCCUGGGGCAGAUGGCCCCAGCGGAGAGAGACAGAGAGCCGCGGCGCGAGGCUUCGACUUGGCAGGUUCAGAUGAAACUGAAGAGGCGGGAUCCGUAGAAGAGGCGGGCGCCUUGCGCCUGUUCUCCCCGACGAGCGCAGCUGAACAAGAAAUUCUGCGAUCCCAGAAGCUGCUCCAGAAGGCGGAACGCAUGCUUCGGGCCUCAACCCCGAUCAACUUCGAGAGGAGCGGCGUGGACGGAGGCGGAAGAAGGAGCGUCAGCGAGCGACGCGACGACUUUGCAGCUUCUCCAGACGCCCCACGCAGGCAAGGUGAACGCGAAGGCCUCGGUCUCUCACUUGCUUACUGCGCACGCGCGCCGUCGAACCUUCCCCCCGGUGUACGUACACCUCGCGAGGGAAGCCCACCACGAGCGGAGACUGUAGCCCUACUGUCGGAGAGGCGGCCUUCGCGUGAGAACGCUUCGACUUCGCUUCGGAACGGCGUAGAGGCCGCAGAGGGAGAAAACGGAGUUGAGCACGCGUGCGAGGCUGCCGAAUUCCAUAAAUCGUUUGGCCUGUCCUCUUCUUUUUUGGAUUCGUCGCGGCACAAGCCCGACGCAAUCAUUCGUCCGUCUUCGGAGGGCGGGGGGGGGGGGCUGCCUCUCAUAGAGGAGGAGGAAAACCUCUUUGCCGGCGAGCAGAAGCGCUCCAGAGGAAAUCCGCUACUUGGCAGCUGGCUUCUAUCGCAUCCCGAGAUUGAGCAACGGGAGAGGGAGACGCACAGCGAGGAAGGAGACCCCGAAGAUCGCAGACCGGACGAGACGCCGCAAAUCUCGACUUCCACACGCGAAGGCGCUGGGCCCAGAGGAGCCCAGCCGCCCCGGGAGCAGCCAAAGAGAGGCACAACGGCCGGAUCUGCUUCCUCUUCGUCCGCUCCCUGCGGCCCGAAGUCCGCCGCCCAGCGUGGGCACUUGUGGGCUAGCUCCGCGGAGACCUUGUUUCGUGCGUCUCGUCGGCAGUUCCUGCAUGAGUCUGACCUGGCGUCUGGGCACUGGCAACCUGCUCCCGACGGCCGCGCGCCCUUCUUCCUCUCCGUGGACUCUCGCCUCGCGCAUUUGUAUGCGGAGGACGCACACAGCCAUGCAGUUUUGGGGCGCGUCCCGUCCGCCAUGCUCGCCGCCGCGCACCCUUCUGAGGCUCCGCAGGGUACAGAGGCCUCUGCGGCGUCUUCGCAGCUUUUUUCCGCGUCCGGCUUCGUGCUGCCGCCGCCGCGCGGCCUUGUAGACGGCAGGCCAAACGCCGUGGAGCGCACGGGCGCGCAGGGCGCCCUCCUCCCCCAUCGGGAAGAAGACUUCCGGCUGCGGCAAGAAGGCAAGUCCGAAUCGCCUGACGCGCGCCUGCAGCCGCGGCGCCGGGCAGGGGCGCCGGGAGUCACGUGGAACGUGGAGACGGGCUUCGCGUUGAAGAGUUCGAGUAUCUGGCACCAGGGGCCCGCGGGGGGUCGCUCCGCGGCGACGCGGCCGGGUCACGGGGAGCUUGAAGAGCUGCAUGAGGAGGAAAGGCACGACGAGGACUCGUUCAUGGGCGGCGGCUCAGACGCACAUCUGCCUGCGGCGGCGCGUUCGCCGGUGUCCUCCGUGUCGCCGUCGUCGCUCGCGCAGAGCUUCUUCCAGGGUCAGGGUGUGCCAUAUGAAGAGCUACAACUGCCCCACGGGGCGCUAGAACGCAGGUCGGGAGAAGAGGAUGAAGCUGUGCGAGGCAGGUUCCCUCUCUACGCCUCUUCGCCCGGCAGACUCCAUCUCGUUCACCUUCCAGCCGACGCGCCUGCCCUGUCGCGCGGGCUCUACGCCUCAGUGCCUGCUUCGGCUUCCGGUUCGUCCUUGGCGGCGGGCGGCUUCAAGAGCGACGGCUACGGUGGCAUCGGCGGACAUUCUCGUCUGCGCCCAUUCGCAUUCGGUCAGGCACCGUCGUCGCCUUUCUCCCCUCCGCAGACGAGCGACGCGUCGGCGACGCCUUCGGCUCUGCGCCACCAUCAGGGCCUCCUCGCGCAGCAGUUCGGCGCCUCGCCGGCCGCGGGCCCUUUCUUCCGGCAGGCGCCCUUCGCUCAGUCCCCCCACCGCGGCGUCCGCGCAGGCGACAAUCAACUCGCGUUCACGGCGGACUUUGGGUCACCGGCGAUCACCGACGCAGAGAAUACGCCGUCGCCACUGUCGUUCCGCUCGGUGUCUUCGAAGAGCAUGUCCUCCUCUCCCUCCUCGCUCUACUACCGCGGCGGCCUCGGCUCCCGGGGCCACUUCUCCUUCUCCUUCUCACCCGGGCGGGCGAGGGCAGAGAGAAGGCGCGAGGCUGAGAGCCACGUCCGCGCAACCGCUUCACCCGAGCGGGACCCGGACGCCGGGACAGCGGGCUCUGCGCCCUACCGUCCUCCGCAGACAGACGCAGAUGGAAGAGGCCCGAGAGGGGAUGCACGCACACUCCACGGCGUGCCUCUUGAGAGCCGGGGAGACUUUGCGCGUUUCAAAGCGGGACACCUCCCCUCCCACAGGGGGGCGGAAGAUUCCUCCUCGUUCCACGGUCGAGCCGCGCGCACCUCCGCGGCAGAGAGAGCCGCGUGCGAGGCAUUGCUGGGCUUUGUGCGCGAGGGCGCGGCGCCACAGGACGCUGCGGGGCUUCUUCCGCCUCACAGUUCGUUCGCUAGCUCUCGUCGUGAGGCUGCGCCCGGAGAUUUAGCAGCUGACGGAGAGGCCGACCCGCCAGACGCGCACGCGAAAGACGUUCGGAAGUUCGCGUCGGCGCACCGAUCGCAGCGCGAGUCCGCGCGUGAUGAGGCGAAGGAAAACAUGAGCAACGGCAGCUGCGCGCGCAACGAGACAUUUCCGCAGAGACCGGAGGCCGCCGGCGCUCGAGUGCAACCCGACGAGGGCCCUGACGCGGCGACGCAGUGGGUGGGGAGGCUCGACACAGAGAGAGAGACCUGUGAACUCGCGGCGCGGUUUAACGAGGGCAAGCCGCAUGCAACUGCAACAGGCCAUCGUGGGCACCCUCCGCUGUCGUCCUCCUCUUCUUCGGCGUUUGCGCAGGGCGACGACCUGCGGGCGCGUGCCUCAGGCAGAGGGCCCGGAGACGCGGCGGACGGGAGGGCGGAGAGCUGGCGAGACGUCGCAUAUCGCCACGAAACGCUUCCCGAGGCGCAGGCUUUCGAGGAGAAAGAAGGGGCCGAGCACUACAGAAGGAGAGGGCAGGCGACCCACCUGUAUUUCGAGGAGCGGGCGACCGCGUCGCCGCACGAGCGGGCUGGAUAUCUGGGAGAGGAACCUUCUCAUGAAGCGAGAGGACAUCUCGGCAUUCCGAGGGGGCCUGCGCGCCGUAGCCCCGAUACGCAGGGGUGGGAAGACAAAGAUCGAGGUCGAAUCACGCGGGGAGAGAGAGAUGCAUCCGUCUACGCCGACGCGCGAGAGCUAGGAACACUGCGCGUAGAGUUCACACACAGAGAGCGAGGCGCGCCUCAGGCUCAGGAGGCUGAAUCGGGCGCGCCUCACUACGGGCUGCCCUCGUCGACAGCUGACUCCGACCAAGUGUACGGACAGCAGAUGAGGGAGAGCGGACUCCUAGUGGACAGGGCCUCGCCGGCCGAAGAGCGAAGGAAGACCCAGGCGCGCGAAGUCGCGCGUUGGGCUGCGCGCCCGGCGAAUCCCUUCGAACAGAGUCUGCAGGCGCUUCACGAGGACUUUGCAUUCGAUCGCGUCGCGCAGGCCUCGCCGGCUGCCCGCCUUGCCCCCUCGAGUCCCCGCGCCUCUCCAGACGCAGCGAGCCCGGUCGCGGAUUCGGGCGGAGACGGCAGGAAAGCCGCAGCGCGGAGACACGCCGAGUGCGGCGGCAACGACUUCCCCGCGCCAACCGGUCUCACCCCUGGGCUCGCGGCGGCAGAGGGGACAAGCGAAGGCCUGCCCCCCUCCGCAGAGAUGCGGGGGAACGUGCAGUUCCUCGUUGCCCCCCCCGCUGUCGCAGCGGCUGACUCCGCCUGCGAACCCGAGCGCCGCGAAACCGACGAGGAAGAAGACGUCGUGCAGGCGCUGCUGCCCAUGGUGGAGUGCGUCAACGCAGAGCUCCUUGCCGCAGGAUUCGAGACGUUGGAGGAGAGCGGAGUGCCGGUCACUGCGCUCGCGCGGCCCCCGGCGGGCAGCGGAGGCGCUGGGCAAGAGGAGAUGGGAAGCGGAGAGGCCGCUGCAUUGUCUCGAGGUAACCUUUACGCGGAGUCCAGCGCCGAGGAGGGAACGGGGCGGCGCAGAGGAGAGCCUGCGAGAGGCGAAACCGGAGGGGAAGAGGGGGGUGUCGCCCGUGCGGAGGCUUACUUCGAGUCUCCCCGACUCGCGGGUGGAGGCGAAGACAUGCAAGAACAGCAUAGCAGAGCGAGCGAGAGGAACGCGGAGAUAGCCCCUCUGGCGCGGCCGCCGGCCCCAAGAAAAUACACCACCACCGAUGACGCCUACAUCCAGGCUGACGUGUACGUACACCGCGUCCUGGAGGCCAUGACUGACAAACUGCACGAAGUGCUUGCUGCGUAUCGAACGAGAGGAGAGCGAAUGGGAGAGCUCCGGCGCGAAGCUGCAGUCGCAGCCGGUCUGGCUGCGAAGUGCAACGGACUGAAAGAGGAGAAGGAAGAUCUCGAAAAACAGCUGGCAGCGCUGCGGUCUCACGUGGCGGAGCUCGAGAGGGAGAAGGCGCAGCUUUCCGCGACGAUCUCGCAGCAGAAGGGCUUCGCUUCGCGCGCACAGGAGGCUGAGCGGGCCUGCCAGAUUCUGCGCGGCCAAGUGAAGCUUCAGAAGACGCAGCUGCGGCAGAGGGAGCUUGAAAAGACACGGGUCGCCGAGCGCCUCGAUGCAGUCCUGCGCGAGGACCAGACCCGCGAGGCGCGAGCGCGCCGCACGCUCCAGACGCUGGCGGGUUUGAGGUCGCCGUCGUCUGCGUCCGUUUCUCCGCGCCGCGAUCGCGGGUGGGAAAAAGUUGCCGCUGGGCCCUUCAUCAAGCCCUCGGAGAAGAGCUUGGCCCAAGUCGCGCGGUACUACGAGGGCAAACUCAAGGCGCUCCAGCGAGAAAACGCAGGACUUGCGAACGCGCUGCAGGUUUCUGCGCAGACUCUCGAAACUGAGCGCGCAGAAAGGGAGCAGACGCACCCCUGGGCGGCCGACGGAGACGUAGCGGCGGAGCGCAAGGCCCGCGAGGGCUUCCCCACCGAAAGCCACAUGCACUUCUCCACUGUGCGCACGCCGCCCGCGACUCUGCAGAGACUCGCCGAACUGCGGCGAGCGCGGCGCGGAGGCGGGGCGGCGCUCGCGGCCGUGUCGGGCGCAAUCCCUUCCCUUCUGCCGGCUGACGGAGAUGCGCAGGGCGACGACGCCUCCCCCUUUGCCUUCUCCUCGCCUGCGUCACGGAGGGAGGGGGAUAACGAAGAGACACGGACGCGGGAGUGCACUCUGGCGUCGAUGACAGGGCGGCGUAGAGAAAAAGUGGAGAUGGACGCGCUCGCCUCGCAGCGGCGCUCGCGAAGUCUCGCGGCCUCGUGCGUGACUCAGAGCGAAAGAGACUCAGGAGCGGAGAGGAGAAAACGCUUCUCGCUGUCGUGCUGUUCUGACAGCCGGUCGCGGCGAACAGACGUGCUGGGCACGCGAAGCGCUUGCCUCACCGAGGCAGAGCUCAGCAACGCGGCAGCCGUUGCGAAACUCAGAGACGAGAAAAUCCGGCUUGAAGCACGCCUGGAGCAGUUACAGCGAGCCGCGGAGGAGAUGCAGCAGCGCCUACGCAUGCGAACAUCAGAGUUGGAGAGUCGACUGGAGGAGGUGGAAGCGGACCUCGCGGCGCGGCCGACGCGAGAGGCGCACAUGCAGCUGCAGCAGCAGCUCCUCGAGCUCCAAGAUGAACUGAACCCGAAGAAGCAAGAGAGCUGGAGGUGUGCAGACCCCCGCAGCCUCAUGCGCCGCGACCGCUUGAAACAGAAACUCCACGCGUCGGCCGCGGAGAUGGACAGGGAUGACAACGCCGCGCUCUUGGAGACCUGCUGCGUGACGGUCAACUGUCAUCGCCCCGAGCUCCUCCCCGCUGUGCUCAAGCGCCUCACCGCUGCGACAGUCGACAAGCUUCCGGCGCUGGAGCGGUUUGUUGAGUUCGUCGCCCUGGUCGCCGCGGCGAAGCUACCAUCUGCCGCAGAGGCGGACAUCAUUCUAUCCAGUCUCUUGGCGAUGAACCUCGCCCGCCACGCACAUCGGAACUACCUCCAGCUGCGGCAGUCGCUUGCGCACGCGCUGCACCAGAGGGCGGCGUCUUCUCUCUGUGUCGCCAGCUCCCCGGCCUUGCAGGAGGGGCGCGGAUGGAGGGCGCUUUCGCCCCUGGCUGAGCAGCUUGAGGCAAUGGAGAGGGUUCACACGCGGCAGUUUCAGCGGCUGCAGCAGACGCAUCUCUCUCGUGUGUCUCAGCAUGCUAUCGGUCACGAGCGAGAGCGACGCGUGCGCGAGACGCUCGCCCUCCUUCGCGCGCAGCACAACGACGCGGUGACUCUCUUUCAAGCAGCCGCGCAGGAGGAGGUCCUCGCGCUCCGCGACCUCGUCUCCGCGGCCUCGCGCCCGGCGAUUGCCGACUCGCCCGCCGGACCUGCCGCAGACGCGAGAGACGGCGAGCGCAGCAGCCUGCGCGGAGACAGGGAGCGAGACCAGACGGCACGAGAGCUGGUGGAGGUGCUGCAGAGGCGCCUGCAGUUUCGGACCUCAGAGGAAUGCGCUGCCAAAGUGCAAAGGGCGCUCGGAAGGGUCGACGCGCUCACGAGUUUCUUCCGCGUUCUCUGCGGCGUGCUCCACAUCCCGACAGCCGUUGCAACAUUCGCACAGGUGGAAGCGGCAGUCUCGACGUUGAUUGAGGAGAGCCGGCAGCAGCAGGUGCUCUUGGAGGAACAGCAAAAGUAUCUCCUGCGCCAGCACAACUUGCUGCUUUCUCUGCAACACUCGUCGGCGUACGCGCCUGCGCUGCCAACGAUCUGCGAAGCCAAGGCAGAGGAAGAAGAAGAGGACGCGCGCAGCCCUGUGCAAGUUGCGCAGCCCCGUGACCGCGAGGCUCAGCAAGAGCGGGGAGACGAGCCGGCGGCAACAGGACGGGCCGCGGACGCGGGCAAGGACAAGCCCGAAGAACGAGAGAGGAUUCGAGUGAAGGACCGCACAGCCGCGGCGGUGGCGACAGUCGAGGCUCUGCAGCGGCUGCUCAAGGUGGACCGUGUGACGCUUAUUCUUCCCAAGCUCAGCGAAAUCCUGGUUCGAGUGCAGCGCCUCACCAACGCCCCUCCUCUGUCGCCACAGUGCGCCGAGGACAGUUGA